CACACUACAAAUUGGGGUGCCAGGGGCACCACGAAGCUUCUGGGAGUUCCUGCUGCAGGAGCUGGUGAUUCUCCGGGGGUGGGAAGCACCAUAAAUUCCCAAGAUGACGGACCAGCAGGCAGAAGCCCGUGCCUUCCUCAGCGAGGAGAUGAUUGCGGAGUUCAAAGCCGCCUUUGACAUGUUUGAUGCCGACGGUGGUGGAGACAUCAGCACCAAGGAGCUGGGGACGGUGAUGAGGAUGCUGGGCCAGAACCCCACCAAAGAGGAGUUGGAUGCCAUCAUCGAGGAGGUGGAUGAGGAUGGCAGCGGCACCAUCGACUUCGAGGAGUUCCUGGUCAUGAUGGUGCGCCAGAUGAAAGAGGAUGCCAAAGGCAAGUCUGAGGAGGAGCUGGCCAACUGCUUCCGAGUCUUUGACCGGAAUGCGGAUGGGUUCAUUGACAUUGAGGAGCUGGGUGAGAUCCUGAGAGCCACUGGGGAGCCUGUCACUGAUGAGGACAUAGAGGACAUGAUGAAGGACUCAGACAAGAACAAUGAUGGCCGCAUCGACUUUGAUGAGUUCCUGAAGAUGAUGGAGGGUGUGCAGUAAGGGACCAGACAUUCCUUGGGCUGGCUGCUGCACCGAGCCCUGCUCCCCAGCUGCCCAGGGAGCAGCAGCUCCACAGCACCUGGCCCUCAGCACUGGCUGGGACCUUGCUCCGUGCCAGGGUCCCAGUCCCAUCUCACCACCGGCGGCUGAGCUUUUCCUUCCAUCUCUCACCUGUGGCUUUGAUUCGAGCCUCAAUUAAAGAGGAAAGGCUUGA